AUGUUUCAACCUGAGGUAACGCGGUUUGUCCCAACUAUCGGUGUUGUAGGGGACGGUUUUUGCUUCCCUUAUCUAGUGGACCUGAUUGUGAAGAAAAAUACUGGAUUCUCUAACACAAAUAUCGACGUGGUAGACGACAAUGGAACUCUCUUGCUGCAAGUUAGGGGUUCCAUAUGGCAAUUCAAGAAGAAGAGAGUUAUGUGUGAUUCAAUAUCUUCUCCUCUUUUGACAAUGCGCCAAAAGGAGGUUGCUUGGCGUCAACGUUGGACAGUUCAUCACGGGGUGGGCUCAGAAGAAAGGGAUCUUCUCUAUACUGUGGAACAAUCACAGUCUAUCCAGUUCAAAACACAACUUAGUGUAUUUCUGGCAACCAACCUAACUAGAGAAAUCUGCGAUUUCCGUGUAGUUGGAAGUUAUGUUUCUCAGUCUUUCAAAGUUUAUAAAGGAGACACUUUGAUAGCAGAGGUAAAGCAGAGGUUCAAGUUGGGAAGCUUAGGCAAAGAGAAGUUUGAAGCAAGAGUUUAUCCUGGGGUUGAUUAUGCAUUCAUUGUGUCUUUACUUGUAAUACUUAAUGAAAUAGAUGCUUGA